AUGAAAAUGUCGGCAAACAAUAAAAUAGUGAACACGACAUCUAUUUAUUAUCUAUACGAUGAGCUAGCUAAUUUCAGUGACACCAAUUCUCAUGACAACACCACCUCAUACGUGCCGUACGAGAGUCGGCCGGAGACUUAUAUAGUGCCCGCGAUAUUCCUACUCAUAUUCAUAGUGGGACUGUUAGGCAACGGAACGUUUAGCCAUUGGGGACCUAAUCAUAAUCNGAUAUUCCUACUCAUAUUCAUAGUGGGACUGUUAGGCAACGGAACGGUAGUCUAUAUAUUUUUUCGUAAUAAAUUCAUGAGAACAGUGCCCAACACCUACAUAAUUAGUUUAGCCAUUGGGGACCUAAUCAUAAUCGUAGUGGCGUUGCCUUUUGUCAGCACUAUCUACACGUUUGAGAGCUGGCCCUACGGGGAAGUGGUCUGUAAACUCAGUGAAUUUAGCAGGGAUAUAUCACUUGGUGUCACAGUAUUUACUCUAACUAUACUGAGUGCCGAGAGACAUCUGAUUAAAAGCGCUAAGAAUCCGAUCGGAAAAAAUAAGACACAAUACAGACAGUUGAGGGGCAGGAAGAAGAUCUCCAAAAUAGUGUUGGGACUCGUCGUCAUGUUUGCCAUCUGUUUCUUCCCAAACCAGAUAUUUAUGCUCUGGUAUUACUUUCACCCAAAUGCGAGCGAUUCAUAUAAUAAUUUUUGGCACUUUUGGCGAAUCAUUGGUUUCGUGCUGUCAUUCCUGAACUCGUGUAUGAAUCCAGUGGUCCUUUGUAUCAUAAGUGGUGCCUUUCGGACCCACUUUAAGCAUCACAUCUUGUGGUGCUUUUAUCGGGAUAUCCAACACAGACAUCAAUCGACACUAUUAGGCCUGAAGUCCGUAAAUACCGGUAGUAUUGAGUAUAAUAACGGCUCAAAGCCUAUUAAUAAUAAUACUCCAAUCACUCACGUCUAA